AUGACAAGUCCGAGCCCAGGUGGCUUUCUGCCUCACCAAACCCUCCCGUCUGCCGCACCGUCGUCAGCGUCCUAUAGACUGGCAUAUGACCUGCCACAUCCCCGGGGUAAAUCACUUCGGCCAGGAUCCAGCAAGGAAAAUUUGACCAGGAGAUAUGUUGAGGAGAGGCUCUUGCAUACGUCGCGGCGAUAUGUCAAGAAGUUUGGUAACCCGGAAGCAGGUGACGAGGUGGUUGGGUACAAGUCGUUUAGCGAAGUGUGUCGAGAUCUUGACUCCGUCGUCAAUGUGCUCUGGCUCUCGGGAACUCCGAGCUUGCAGAUACCGUUCAUGCUCAAGCUAGCCAGCGACUUCACUCAGUAUGUGCGGUCAUUCCCGCCGGCACCAAAGGCAUCGUUCGAGAUCCUAGGUAAGCUCGACCACUGCUUCUCCAGCCUGUUAGCCGGUAGCGACAUCCAAACGGGAGAAGCCUUGCCAGGGUUCGAGAAUGGUCUUCGGGCUGGCAUGACCGUCACCGAUAUGGUACGCUGUCGAAGUCUGGUAGAGCAGACCCGCGUCUUGAUGGUUGAAGUGCUUAGCGGGGUUCCUGAAGAUGAGGAAGAGGAGGAUGAAGACGACGACGACGAAGACGACGACGAUGAUGACAGAGACGAAACUGUCGACACAGAAGAGUCCGAUUACCCCCAACACUAUGUCAGAGCGGUGGCCACCCUGCAAGAUGAUGACGAUGAUCUUUUACAUCUGGACGCCGCGAGGAUCUAUCAGAACACCAUUGUUAAGCUGAAUGAGCGAUUGGGAGAUCCGUUGAAGGACAUGAGUAUGAUUGCAGACUGUCGCUGA